AUGGCAUCUGGGUUAAAGAAAACAGUUGAACUGGUAUCGUUAGGGGACGAAGGAGAAAUAAAAAUGGAAACCGGGAUUUGGGAUUUGGGUGAUUUAACGAGGAACAUUUCAACUACAGAUGCAGAUGGUGAUGUGGAUGAUGAAGUGCCAGUAGAGGAUGUGCUGAGUGGAUUGGAAGAUAGAUCAGAUUGCCAUCAGUUGCGAGAAGCCUUCAAAAUAUUUUAUGGGAAUGGUAAUGGAUAUAUAGAGUUGAAGACGGUCCUGCAGUGCCUGGGACUGGACAAAAGGUGGGAUAUGGACCAGCUCCAGAAGAUGUUGAAGGCUGCAGAUUUGAAUUUCAAUGGAAAGAUUGAUUUAGGGAUGAGCAUUCAAUUCCUUUUUGGUAAGUAA